UUGUGCAAAGAUUUAGCAAGAAACACCCCUCGAACUCCAUACAUACUCAAGUCCUUGUUUCACAUAUUUUUCUACUCUUAACAAUGAAGUGCAGUGACACAAUAUUAACAUCAUCGUCUAUUUCGCCUUCCCAUCCUCGACAAACUCUAGUGAUGAGCCCUUGUGCUGCUUGCAAGAUUUUACGCCGAAGAUGCGUUGAAAAAUGUGUUUUGGCACCUUAUUUUCCUCCGAACGAUCCAGUUAAAUUCACCACUGCUCAUCGUGUGUUUGGUGCGAGCAAUAUAAUCAAGUUCUUGCAGGAAUUGCCCGAGUCCCAAAGAGCCGAUGCAGUGAGUACCAUGGUUUACGAAGCGAACGCCAGGCUGAGGGAUCCUGUAUACGGAUGUGCCGGGGCAAUUUGCCAACUCCAAAAGCAAGUAAAUGAGCUCCAAGAACAAUUAGCAAAAGCUAAAGCAGAAAUUGUGAACAUGCACUGCCAACAAACAAAUCUUAUGGCACUUAUUUGGAUGGAAAUGGCACAAUCUUCACCAAUAUCUCCAUCAGAACAAUCCUUGGACAACAUCAUGAACUUCCAAGAUGAAAACAACCCAGAAUACUUAUGGGAACAACCCCUUUGGACAUGAUCAUAUAUAUCUCCAUAUCGUUCCAAUAAAUUCAAAGAUAAUCGGCCGAACCUAUAUUUUUACUAGUAUGUAACCCAAAACUUUAGAAUUCGAUGUUUAAAAUUUUAAAAUUUUCUUGGCUAAUUUAAUUGCCUAAUUUAAGGAAUAAGUAUACGAUGUGAAAUGAUUAAGCUUAGUCUAGCUAUUUUUCUAAUGAUAUGAAUAAAACACAUGAAAUUUAUGGGUCUUCUUCCCCCAUGUUA